AUGCGUACUUUAAGAGCCCGUCCAAACUUGCUACUGAGAUAGAAAAUAAACACACUGAUAAGUGACUUUAUUAAGAUUACACAGAUCUAUCAGUCAUGUGAGGAGACAACUGUUCUGAUAAAACGGAGUUCAAACAGCUCAAAUCUUUAACAAUGAUUGUGAGAGUUUUAUUGUUUGCCUCAUUGUGUGUAAUGAGUCGAGGGCUUGACAAUGGUUUGGCUCUGACACCACCCAUGGGUUGGGUGUCAUGGGAACGAUACAGAUGUAACAUUGACUGUGAAAAUGAUCCAGACAACUGUAUCAGUGAACAAUUGUAUAUGACAAUGGCGGACUUGCUGGUAUCUGAGGGAUACAAAGACAAAGGUUAUGAAUACGUGAAUAUAGACGAUUGUUGGAUGGAAAAACAACGGGAUGCUAAUGGCUCUUUGGUGGCUGAUAGACAAAGAUUUCCUCACGGAAUAAAAUGGCUUGCUGAUUAUGUACAUUCAAAAGGGUUAAAACUUGGUAUCUAUGAAGACUUUGGAACAUUCACUUGCGGCGGUUACCCUGGUAGCAAGUUUUACCUCCAAGAAGACGCCGAAACGUUUGCCUCAUGGGGAGUAGAUAUGUUAAAACUGGACGGAUGUUACUCAGGCAUUGACGAUAUGGAAUACGGUUAUCCAGCCAUGUCAUUUUUCUUGAACCAGACUGGACGACCAAUGUUGUAUUCCUGCAGCUGGCCUGCAUACGUUGUCUUCUAUGGAAAAAUUCCAGAUUAUAAGAAAAUUGCCAGUUACUGUAACAUAUGGCGAAACUACGCUGAUAUACAAGAUUCCUGGGAUAGUGUGCGAGGUAUUAUUGAGUUCUAUGGUAACGAUACAGGCAACUUCAGCCUUGUUGCCGGUCCAGGAAACUACAAUGACCCGGAUAUGAUCAUAGUAGGGGACUAUGGAUUGAGUUAUGACCAGCAGCGUGUUCAGAUGGCCAUGUGGGCCAUCAUGUCAGCUCCGCUGUUGAUGUCUAUAGAUCUCAGAAAUGUAAAACCGGAAGCAAAGGCUUUGUUACAGAAUGAUUAUCUCAUCAGAGUGAAUCAGGACUCCCACGGAACACAGGGGAAAAGAAUAAUGAAGAAUGGUGCAAUGGAAGUUUGGACUAAAAACUUAGGUUUCGAUGACAAAGGAAUGGCAUUUGCUUUCCUGAAUUUAAAUGAUGGCGGCGCUCCUUUUGAAGUAAGAAUGCCGCUGUACCAGCUAGGUUUGAAUGAAGCAGAAGGUUACAACAUGACGGAAGGUUUCACGGGAAAGUUUAUCGGAGUUCUGAAACCCCACGAUAUUAUUAAUGCCAGUGUAGACCCUUCAGGUGUGUGGAUGGGAAUUGCUUAUUUCGACUGUUAAUGGUCAUGAAAGUUUAAUCAUUAUUUAUUAUCACUCAAAGGCAUAUACGUAUACUGUUAUCAUGGAUGGCCAGUGUCACAUUUCUCAAUAAGAAACCAAGGAUUCUUGUGAUCACAUGACAGAACUAUGUCAGUGCUUGUAAACCAAUUAAUUUGCUUGAAAACGGCGUUUUUAAGUUUUUCAAAGGAUAGUAGAUAUCUAUAAUGUGCA